UUCAUUUCCAUCGCUCAGCCAUUUUAUGCCAGCAGAAUCUUCAGGGUUUCUUCAGGACGAACCGUUUCUCCGAAGUGAGUUAACGUUUUACAGAAGUGCGCACUCCCGCUGCUUAUAAAGGAAGAGGAGACUCUGGACUUUAGGACCUCUGGAGAGACACACACCACGCAGGGGAAGACAGAGUGGCGAAGGAGAAGGAAGCAGGGGACUGAAGCUGAGAAGAGGAACUCCCACACGGGGCUCCACACUCUCCUAGAGAGUUCUAGAAGGACCUGGAAGUUCUCCCUGCUGCAGGUGAGGAUGAGCAUGGCCGACUCUUCCUCCUCCUGUUCCUGUUGUAACAACCUGAGACAAAGAUGUCCUAGACCUCAGGGCUUGCUGGCUCAAGUCAUCACCAAAGCAUGUCUGCUAGCGUUGCUGUUCGGGGUGGUGUGGUCCAUCACCCAGAGAGAGUGUCUGCCUGGAGGGAAGCUGUUUGGCAUAGUGAUCUUGUUCCUCUGUGCUGUGUGUGGAGGAAACCUGGUGGGGAUGAUCAAGCUGCCCACUCUCCCCCCCUUCCCUCCUCUACUUGGGAUGUUGCUGGCUGGAUUACUGCUGCGUAAUGUUCCCUAUAUAACUGAUGCGGUGUACAUCGACCAAACAUGGUCUGCUGCUCUGAGGAACAUCUCUCGGGCCAUCAUGUUGACCCGGGUUGGACUGGGACAAGACCCUACGGCUCUGCGGAGGCUGAAAGCGGUGUGUUUGCGUGUGGCAGUAGGACCCUGUACAGUGGAGGCCUGCACAGUUGCAGUGGUGUCUCACUUCCUCAUGGGGCUCCCCUGGGUAUGGGGCUUCAUCCUGGGGUUUGUCCUGAGCGCUGUGUCUCAGGUGGUGGUGAUUCCCUCCAUGUUGCUCUUACAGAAGGAUGGUUAUGGGGUGGAGAAGGGCAUCCCCACCCUCCUGAUGACUGCUGGGAGGCUAGAUGCUGUCCUGGCCAUCACCGGCUUCACCACCUGCCUGGCUAUGGCCAGCUCAAAAGACUCUACAUGGAUGAACAAGGGCCUGCUGGAUGUGGUUGGAGGCAUGGGGGUCGGACUCCUGCUGGGAAUAUUCAUCUGCUUCUUCCCAAGCAAGGAUCAGGAGGACUUGGUGUUGAGGCGCUGCGUGAUGCUGCUGGGUCUGUCUCUCUGCGCCGUGUUCGGCAGCAGAGUGGUGGGCUUCCCUGGAGCUGGGAGCGUGUGUACCCUGGUCAUGGCCUUCCUGGCAGCCCUGGGCUGGGGGGGGGACAAGGCCCCAGUAGCAGCGAUGGUGGGGAGAGCGUGGGAUAUCUUCCAGCCUCUGCUGUUUGGACUGAUCGGAGCAGAGAUCACUGUGUCCACUCUGGACCCCAACACUGUGGGCUUGGGGAUGGCCUGUCUCUGUACAGGCCUGCUGGUUCGCCUUCUGGCUACCUUCCUCCUGGUUCACUUUGGAGGGUUCACCCUGAAGGAGAAGAUCUUCAUCUCUGUGGCUUGGAUUCCAAAAGACACUGUCCAGGCGGCCUUGGGUUCCGCUGCCUUGGACAUGGCUCUUGUGGAGGGAGACGAGGUUCUGGUGAAGUUGGGUCUGGAUGUUCUGACGGUGGCGGUUCUGGCCAUCCUCACCACAGCUCCUGUUGGAGCGCUGGGGAUCGGACUGGCUGGACCCAGACUGCUGCACAGACACACUGAGGAUGAAGAGAGCGGGCCAACAAGUCAGACAAAGGACAUGAUUGGACAGAAGAAAGACUUCCAUGAGAGUAAAUUAUGAGACUCCUGAUUGGUGGAAAAUCAGCCAACUGUAUCGACCACUGGCUUCCCAGAAUGCAUUAUGAAUGGACCAAUCACAGCUCAGAACACCCCCCUGACAGACCAACCACAGCUCAGAAAACCCCCCUGACAGACCAACCACAGCUCAGAACAGCCCUCUGAUGGACCAACCACAGCUCAGAACAGCCCUCUGAUGGACCAAUCACAGCUCAGAACACCCCUCUGAUGGACCAACCACAGCUCAGAACAGCCCUCUGAUGGACCAAUCACAGCUCAGAACACCCCUCUGA